GGGCACGCGGCCAGGGGGCGGGGCUUCAGGCUUCGGCCUCCGCCCCCGCCCCUGCCCAUCAGCUGCUGCCCUCGGUGGCCCGCAGUGGCCCACGGGGGCCGCACGGGGGCGCAGCCCGCAGCCUGGAGGUCGUAGAAAGAGGAGGAGGCCCCUCCGAAGCCGCCACCGCCGCCACCGCCUCCGAAGCCGCCGCUUCCACUUCCGUGUCUGGGCCGGCUUUGUGCCGCCGGUCCGAGGUCGACGUAGGGGAGGGGGGGAGGGAGGAAAGCCUCGUCCCGGGCUGCCCCGCCUCGGCUCAGCUCUCCACGCCCUGUCGGGCCUCCGUUCCGAAGCCAGUAGGGGCCUCGGUUCCGGGCCGGGGCCGGCGACCCGGGAGAGGCAGGGACGCAGAUUUGGAUAGUACUGUGGCCUAAUAAUUAGGACAGUUGGUGGGAGCAAUGGAAGGCAGCAAGGCAGAAGAGGUGCUGGAUAUUCUCAGACUUAAUGUGGGAGGCUGUGUUUAUACAGCCAGGCGUGAGUCCUUGUGCCGCUUUAAGGAGUCGAUGCUUGCAUCCAUGUUCAGUGGACGAUUUCCUCUAAAGGUGGAUGAAUCUGGGGCUUGUCUUAUUGAUCGUGAUGGGAAUCUGUUUAAAUAUCUUUUGGAUUAUCUUCAUGGGGAAGUUCGGAUUCCUAAAGAUGAGCAAACUCGAAUUGCGCUGCAGGAGGAGGCUGAUUACUUUGGCAUCCCUUAUCCUUACAGUUUAUCUGACCACUUGGCCAAUGAAAUGGAGACAUAUGCUUUAAGGUCAAAUAUAGAACUUAAAAAGGCUUUGACAGACUUUUGUGAUUCUUAUGGGUUAGCCUGUAACAAACCUACUGUUUGGGUUCUACACUAUCUCAGCACAUCUGGUGCAAGCUGUGAGAGUAGAAUUAUUGGUGUGUAUGCCACAAAAGCAGAUGGAACUGAUGCAAUUGAUAAACAGCUAGGAGGAAGAAUUCGUAGCAUUUACAAAAGAGAGGCUGGAAAUAACGUUCAGUACAUUUGGAGCUAUUAUUCAGUGGCUGAAUUGAAGAAGAUGAUGGAUGCAUUUGAUACUUGGGAAGGCGAAGGUGUUAGCUACUGGCGUGUUCCACAGGAAUUGAUAGAAUGCUGGACUCUCGAAGAACGACCUUUACAGGGAAAUUUUCGUCACAUGGCUCCAAUUAGAAAAAGGCGCUUGAUAGCCUUGAAUGAAGAUGAAGAAGAUGGUGUGAACUGUAAAGCAGGACCUAAACCCAUAAGAUUUUUGGGUCCUUCAACAAGCACACAUAUCAAAGUCAAGAAUUCUGCUUCAGUAAAGGUGGUUACAUCUAAUACUUCAAAAACCUCUUCCCAGCUGACAAUUAAGCGGCCCAGUAGUGGCAGUCACUUAGUUCGAUGCCAUACAGUGGCAAAAACCAUACCUGACCCUGGCAUUUCAAUGGCUGUGAAUUCACAGAUGCCCUGUGGAACUGGAAGUGCAGAAAAUGGUGAAACACAUACAUCUCCAGUGAAGGCUUCCCUGUCAGAAAAGAAGGCUACUCCUACUCGAGUGAUCAAACUGAAGCGGACUCCUCUAUGUACUGUAACACCUUCUCAGCUGUCCUCUCCAGGAAUGAAUAAAACAAACCACCCUGAAACCCCAUCUGCUGAGAUGCCCAAUACUUCCAGUGUGUGGGCUCAAAAUGUGAAGAAUGAGAAUAACUAACAGUAACCAGUGGUGGAAUUAAAAUUUCUUGUCUUUAUUUCUUAGAACUUCUAACCCGUAUGGUACGAUGAAGUUAAUAAGUAUCUUUUGAUACGGUAGUCAUGGAAACUACAAAUAUGAGAGUUACUGGGGAGUUUGGGGGCAAUAGGAGUUUUGACUGAAGGAUUAAAUGGUUAGGACUGAUUUACUGUUUUUAAGUUUUCAACAUUUAGUUUUUACAUAGACAUAGUUAUGAACGUCAAGUUUUUAAAAGUGCUGGACUUGUUUUAAUUUUUUUAUGGCACAAAGGCAAGAAAGCAACUUAGCAAAUUAGUCAUCAGAUAAUCUUUUUCCUAACUACUUCAGCAAAAAAGUGAUAAAUCUAAACUUCGAUUGGGACUAGAGCACUUUCAUAUUUUCAUAUUUAUUAAAGGUCAGUUCUUGGAGUAUGUCACAGCCUUAAUGGACAGCAGGUGGUAUCUGUAUUACUAUAUUUUGUGUUAGUUAAAAGAUUGGAAAAUAAAAUGUUGAACUCCUAGUUUGAUCAAGUGGAAAUAACCCCCAUCCAGUCUAGGCCAACAGGAAAAUAUAGGGAGGGAGGACAUAUAAGACAAUACUUUGAGAUCAUACCUUGACACUUAAAAUUCCUUGACUCUUAAAAUUUAAGAGUGUUCCCUUUUUGUCUCUCUCUCUAUCUCUCUGUCUGUCUCCCUCUCUUCCACUCUCCCACUCUCCCCCACACACACACACAGAGUUGGCCUUUCUUACUACUUUCCUUUUGCAAAUCUGGAUUUAAUGUAAGGUCAAUUAUUAGGGCAUAAAUUCUAGGAUACUUCUUUAGAAUGUUUUGAUAAGAGAUUGUUUUCUCUUAUUUUGGUUAACAGGAUUUUUUUUUUUUACAUUUUGAAGGCUCUUUGAAACAACAGAAGCUGGAAGUUUAGCUAUCUUUUAAAAUCUUAGUAUUUUUCAAAAGUGACCAAACACUAAAGGAAGACACUCAUUAUACAACAUAAUUUAUAUGCAUAUAACUUUCCAUAUGGGAAGAUGAAUUUAAGAUUUUUUUACAGAAUAUUUGGAUUAAUCAUCUAUUUUUCCAUGAAUAUUCAGUUGCAUAUAUUUUACCUUUUACAUUUUUUAUUUUAUAUCUGAACUCUUUCUACCUUCAAGGAAUAGUAUGCCUUUUGUGUUUUUACAACUAAUUUCAUAAAACAAUACUUUCUACAUCACUACUCAUCAGAAUAUUUGGAUUGAUCUGAAAGAGUAAGCUAAAGAUCCUUAAGAGGACUAAUUUUGCAAAAAUAAAAUAAAACUUUUCCAGAAAAAGAAACUGUGAUGAUUUUUUGUGAAUGUGCAUUUUCCUAGGUCUCACUGCCCUUUGAUAGUAAUCACAUUUGCAGCUAUGUAGAUUGGGAACUUUUCUUUUGACUUUGAAUAAUGCAGAAAAUAAUUAAACAUUGAGGAGUAUGCUAUCACAAUAGAUUAUAUUUACAUAUGCCAAAGCCUUUGAAUUGGAGUUUUCAUUAGCUGGAAUUUUUAAGAGGUGUGGAAGGUUGAAGAUCUUUGACAAUGCUGCCACAAAAUAGCAAUCGCUCAUAUUCUAUAUGUUUAAAACAUCCAGUUCUUGAAAAAAUACUACAUCAAAAUAUAGGUAUUCAGAACUUUAAAGAAUGUAUUGAUUUUCCUAUUUAUCCAGAGGGGUCAGUAUUGGGAGAUAAAGGGUAGAUUGCAUUGCUGCCAAGUUGUCAGUGUGUUUAAGUAAAGGCAACUAACUAACGUGUAGAAGGUCUUUUACUUAAAAGACAAAAGGUAUUUGAAUUGUCUCACAAUCCUGUGCCUUUUUGUUAAAUAUGUGAAAUGCUACCAAUUUAACUUAACCACCCUUUAUUUAAUUCCUUAGAAUUUGGUUUGGGGCAAAAUGUGAAGGAGACUCAAGAAACCAGGGUUGGGGGGGGGAAUUAAAACCAGUGUCAGGAAACAAGGUCAAAUGGAGGGUGGUGGUCUUACUAAGCUUUUUUUCUAUCUUGACAUAAUCAUUAGCUUCAUAAACAAAACAAUUUUAAUUCCCAUAAUAGCAAAAUACAAAGAUCCUUAAUUAAAUCUGAUAUUCCUUGUAUACCUUUAUAAAGGAAGUGGGGUAAGCGUGUGGAUGGACCUUGAUUGCUGUUUCUGGGAAAAUGGUCUGAAAGCACAUGUUGCAGAUGCUGAUAUUUUUGUUUUAAUGUUUCUCUAGUAGCCCUGCAGUAGGUCAGGUAAUGGAAUCUGUAACAAUGACAUGCAUAUGUCAGUAUUCUUCAGGCCAAAAACAAUCUUAAUUUACCCUGUUUUCUUCAUGGAAUCUAUAUUUUGAGGAAUGAUUUACACAGAUAAAAUAAAGACCUCUUACAUUAGAGGAGAGGAUUUGGAGUUAGUCAAAAAAAGUUAAUAAAACCACAGUAAUUUUUGGUAUUUUUGAGGUCUGACCUCAAGUUGGAUUUAACAUAUACUAUUAUCAGUUCAGUAAAAAAGACUGAAAAGGGUAUGCUUGCCAAAAUUGAAAAAUUCAUUUUUAAGUCACCAAAAAAAAGAUUGCAAAUUGUUACCAAUAUGGUCCUCAAAUUGUUCUUUAUAAAUAAAAGCAUCUGUAGUUGAAGUAAUCGCAACAGAUAGCUGUACAGCAGAUUAGAAAAAGAAGUGUUGUGCCCAAUAUAAACCAAGUAGAGGAAUUAAAAUAGGGGAUAGUAUCAGACCCUUUAAUGAGAGUUUUGACCAAGUUCUGGUUAUAAGCUGAUGCAGUGAAUUAUGUUGAUUCAAACUGGUGUUUGGAUCAGUUAGGUCAACAUAGCAGCAUGUCUCAUGGAAUAAAAACAUUCCAGCUUCAGACUUACUAUCUAGAGCAUUGGGCUAGGAGUUUUAGGAUACUUGAAUUCUAGUAUUUUGGUACCCUGUGUAGUGCAGAUUUUCCAUUUGUUAAAUGGUGAUUAGGUACUUGUUGAAUGUCUCUUCUGCAAAGGGGAAUACAAGAAAGUAUCUUUUAAAAGUUUACAGUAUGACUAGGGAGAUGACAGUUGAAAAGUUAAAGAUAGGCAAAAUUUCAAUUCCAGAUGAUUAAUAUGAACAAUAAUUCCUACAGGGAUAAACAGCAAGGAAAAAAAUCACUUCUACCCGUAGGUAGUUAGGGAAGGUUUCACUGAAAAGGUGAGAUUCUAGCUUGCCAUUGGAAGGUUGGAAAGGUUUGUAGGAACAAAGGGGAGGAAGGACAUUUCUUCUGGGGGCAUGACAAUAGCAAUAAUGAGGAGCUGGAAAGACAUGUUAUAUUCAGGGAAAGGUGAAGCAGAGGAUUUGAGUAGUAAGCAGUAAGUUUGAAGAAUUAGGUGAGGGCCAGAAGAGGGCCUUGAAUGUCAGGCUAAGAAGUCUGAACUUUAUUCUGUAGGCAGAGAAAUGAUGAAAAUGAGUUGUGAGGAUGAAUGUGACAGUGGUUGGAUUGGGACUGGGGUAGGGCAGCUGAUGCCUCUACAUAAUUGUAAGGACCAGUGGCAUUUAUGUGAUAGUGCUUUAUUAAAAAUUUUGCCAAUUAUUAUAAUUACUACUAGUAAGAACUGAUGGAUAACUAAUACUUAGAUGUUAUCUUUUUCCCCAUGUUGUUUAGAGCCAUGUUGAGACCUCUAAAGCUUCAUCACUACAUCUCAGUGAGGUAGGUAGGUGACAUAUAGGCCUGAUCUAUUGAUGAGAAACUGGGACUUGAUACUUCUGGGGACUUGCCUCAAGGCCAUUCAAUAUGUCAUGUUCCCUCUGAUAAUCAUAGAUGCUCAGUCUCUUGUCUUAGUAGCUUUCCCAUGGAGGCAAUUUAUUUACUCACAAGUUAAACCAAGUUACAUUAUUCUGAUACUCAAAAAAGAUUUAUAUACUUCCCAGGCUCUCCUUAAAUAAAAAUUGAGAAGGAAUAACUGUAUAAUUGCUUUAUCCAAAAAAAAAGUUUCAAAAAUUGUAAAAUCAAAUGUUAAGUGUACUAGGUGGACUCAUUAAGUGCAGUCAUUGGUGAAUCGCUUUAUGAAGGGAGAAAUUGUAGGAUUUAUGUAUAUUGUUUAUGUUGAAACUGUUGGUACAUAAUCUUGAUCAGAAAACUAUAUUCUGCAAGUUUGUACUUAGUGAAAUGAGGGGAAAAAAGCUCUACAAAAUAUGAAAAGAAAUAUUCUGAAUGGCUUAUCUAUUCCAGGCAUUGAGCUUAUCAGGUAACUAAGAAUUUUUAAAGGUGAUGGUGAGGUUUUUUCAUAUGUGUUUCUAUGUUUCUACGUAAGUAUUGAAAGUCUAUUCCCAGAUGGUGUACUUAAGUUGUCUAAGAGCUUUUAAUAAUGAUGACAAGGUUUUUCCAUAUGUAUUUAUAUACUGAAACUAUCCACUGAAUAUAGUCAAUUAAAUGUUAUAUGUUCUUUUCUUAGUGAAUGCUGAAUGAAUGAUUCUUUAAGUUGGUUUUACAGUUAGUACAUUGAACAUUCAGUAUAGUCAAAAGGAAACAUAAAUACCUAAUGAAAAAAAAUUUCUUUGUUUCCAGCUGCUUCCAGAGUUCCAUAUUCAUAGAAUUUGGAUGAUGGUAUAGUCUUUAGUAAAAUGAAGGCUACAUUUUCAGUUGUAUUCUUGCCAAACUCCUGAGAUACACACAGUAUGUAUUGCUAUAGAAAACCUAAUUUUUCUUUGUUAUAGCCUUUGUUCAACAUAUCUUGCCCCUAACAGACCAUACAUAUUUAAAAUUUUCUACAUUGAAAGUUGAUGCAGGCAGCUGCAUUUUAAGCCAAUCUAAUUUCAUGGGAACUGUCACUCAGUGUUGUAUACUAUCUAUCCAUGUAGUAAUGACUUUUUGCUUUGUUUUACAUCCACUUCCUACUGUGAUCCUAAACUCUACAUUCCACUAGCAAAACCUUCCUUAGGCACGUAAAACUAAAGACUACAGUGUCUUAGGAGAGGAAUUUUUAUGUACAUACUGAAUGUAUUUUUUGUACCAUACAUCAAAGAUAUUAUUUCAUCGUUAUGGAUAUUGAUUCCACUGAUGUGGAUCACAGCCUUUCCUUGCCCCAUUGAUAGGUUCAUGAAUUUCUGUGGGCAAAAAAAUAAGGUGACCAGCCUUAUAAUAAUGAAAUUCUGAAAAUUUAACUAGGUUGGCUCUUCAUAAUCCACAAGUCUUUUUGUUUGCCAGAUCUUGUGCUUUCUUGGCAUACUUUUUGAGAACCAAAGGUUGCUACAACAUGUUGAGGCAUCAGAAAAGGAUUUUUUAAAAAUGGCAAUUUAUUUGCAUCAGGUGGGGGGAAAAUACUGAUAUCCAGCACCUCUUAUUUUUGUCACUGCAGCUAAAACAUUUUGGAAAUAAGUUUUUUUUUUUCAUAGUAAAGGAGGCAGAAAAGGAAGCUCAUCCAGUAGAAUGUAUGCUCCUUGAGGAGUUUUUGCCUUUGUUUUCCCUAGCACCUCAGACUGUGACUUGAAUGUUAGGUCCUUAAUCUGUGUUGUUGAAUUCAGAUGUUCAGGACUGUAGCUGAAUCAGUGAUGUAGAGGAAGUAGCACUAGCUCUGGAGUGUCCAUGUCUUCCUAUUGACACCUACAACUUGUGUGAUCUUGGGCCAGUCACUCAGCUUCCAUUUUAUCAAAUAUAGGAUUAAUGGAAUUGGAGGAUUGGAGUAGAUAGCUCAUGAUAUAUUCCAGCUAUAAAUGUGAUAUAUGGUCAUUUUCAAUAGGUCAUCAGGGUGUGGUUGAAGAAUGACGAAACAGUCUUUAUUAUUCUUGAUUACCUGGCUUGUUUGCCAUUGUCCCCAGAGGUUCUGUUUCUGUUCCUGAAGGUUCUCAUCCCUUCUUCUCACUCAUAGAUUGUUCCAUGUCAUAUACCCAAGGCCUGUUGGAUGAAAUACUCCCAAGCAAAGCAAUCUUAGCACCUUCCUCACUCAACCACUGCUUCCUUUGGUUCAGCAAGUGAAUGAGAGGGAAGACAGCUAAUGGUUUUAGCUGAGCAAGGUUGAUAUUUUAAAGAUGCAAGUGAAAAACAGUCACGUAAAAAGGGAGAGAAAGAAAUCUUGGGCUUUUAAAAAUAUAUUGUUCAAGGCUGCACUUAAAUUUCUGGCUUCCCUAACACAUUAGACACUGUUUCAUGAACAUUUGUGGCAAAAGUGCUACACAGACAUGCUCCCCAUCCGUAUCACUCCAUGGUUACGAGCUAGAGAGGACUUAAGGCAAUCUUCCUUCCUCCCCCUUUCUCCCCUUGCCUUAAAAAGGCAAGUCUUUUCAAAAACCCAAAGCUAGACAUGACGCUCUUCUCUUCGACUUUCUCCUGGUACUAUUCUCUUUAUUUUAUUUAUUUCUCCUUAUUUCUUCACUCUUCUUUACACUUAUACAGCCAUGCCUUGUGUUGUAGUUAUUUCUGUAUGUCAUAACUUGCUAAGAUUGUAAAUGGGGAAAGGACUGUUGUCAAACUUCGUUUUUAUAUCCCUAGCCCAUGGCACUGUUCAUUGAACAUAGAAGAUGCUUAAUAUAUGUUGAUUGGAUUGGAUGGAGGUCUCUCUUCUCUGGAGUUAGUGCAUGGGUUCAUUCUAAUUGAACUCAACUUUCUACAAGCCUUCAAAGUCUUUCAUAAAGGUUUUUGAAGAACCAGAAUUUGAAAGUGGGCUAAUCAAUUUCUUCUGUGUGUGAUUUUUGGCAAGGAUUUUCAACAAUGUGUUUUGUCAGAAGUCUAGGAAAAAGCCUUGUGUUAUUGAGGCUUGAAAACCAUUCAUGUAUACUCUGUUACCAAGAAGUGAUUUUUGUGUUCUAAUUUUCUGUAAAAAUCUUGUGUAGUAGUACUCAUUUUGCUUAGUGUAGUGAUCAUCUACGAUGAAAUAAAAUACAAUGAAAUAAAAUUUCUUCCAGAAAUGUAUACAU